AUGGACGCCAUCACAUCCAAUACGAGAACCGCCCAAUCGAACACUACCAAGCUGAUUGAUACUGAAAUCAAUGAAGUUCAGCCGACAAGCACCUUUCCAGCCGAGACCUCUCAGAAGCCUUACAACCGCACUCGCGGAAAAUUGAAUCAAAAAACCAAACCACCCAGUUCAUCUACCAAUGUCACACCACAUCAGCUUGUAGUCAAUCCAACAACAUCACACAAGCAAACCAUUAUGUACAGUUCCUCUUUGACGGCGCUUUCCAACAAUGAAGAUUGUCUCAGGUCUCUUUUCAAAACCAGCUCUCCAGAAUCACCACCUUUUAGGCACAAAUACUUAUCAGAAUCCACUCUGGCAGAUCUAGGCGAGUUAGAAGGCAUAGUUUUUGAGCCUCAACCAGAACCUUCCUUCAUCAACAAAUCCACUCCAUAUGCAAGUUUCCCGUCAAAUUCAACUAAUGCACAUCGUGAAGUCACGGAUGACAAGAUAAAUCUCAUUUACCUAGGAGGGGACGAUCUUGUCCAGGCUCAGGAUAUAGAGGAAGCCAAUUUUCCAGUUCCGCAGUUAUCAAAUAAGAAGGGCUCAUGCAAAUGUGGAUGUCAUGAGGAGAUGUUAGUUUUGAAGGAACGGAUUCAAAAAUCGGAGGAUCUAGUUUUUCCAGAAUUUUGCGCUAUUCCCCCCUGCUGUGCUGCCAUCAUCUCAGAGUUGCCCUAG